GCUGAGUGAGCCGAGUGAGAGGAUGUCUGUCUGUGAACUAAGUCGUUUAUUUGACUUUUAAUGUGUAUUUUACUUCAGAUUUAUACUUAUAUAGAUUUAUACCACCUGUAUAUGAAGUAAACAGCUGGAACACAAAGGUAGGAGGAGGUUUUCAGGACUGUAAAAGAUAAAACUGUAGAGGGCGAUGUUGUGCACUGUGCUACUCCUGCUCCUGCCUGCACUGACUCUGGGUAACAACUGCUCCGAGCACUGCAAAGCCUGCGGAGGACCCGAAAAAGACCAAUGCCUGCAGUGUCUCCCAGGGUUCGCUCUUCAUGACACCGAGUGUGUGGAUAUUGAUGAGUGCGGUACAGAGUUGGAUAGAUGUCCCUCAGAUGCCUACUGCAUCAACACACAUUCCUCUUAUGAGUGCAGAAGUUGUGACCCCGCGUGUGUAGGCUGUAUGGGUAGCGGUCCUGCUCGCUGUAGGAAAUGUGCUCCUGGAUACAGAUCAUCAGACCUGAAGUGUUUAGAUAUUGAUGAGUGCGGUGAGGAGGUGUUGGCCUGCUCUGAUGUAAAUGCUUUGUGUGUGAACACUGAAGGAUCGUUUCAGUGCCAGUGUGCGCCAGGCUUUACGCGCAAAGGCACCAAGUGUCUGAGGGAUCAAUCACCUGUGGGUGGGGAGCGGGGUCUGCUGGAUGAGCUACAGGACGAUGAGUUGGAGGUGCUCAAGCAGAUGUUCUUCGGCGUGUUGCUGUGUGCUCUCGCCACGCUGGCGGCCAAAGGAGACAUGAUGUUCACGUCCAUGUUCAUCGGAGCGCUGGCGGCUACGGCGGGGUACUGGCUCUCGGACAAGAGCGAUCGGCUGUUCGACAGCUUCGUAAAGGGCAACUGAUGCUCACAAGAGCACGAAGGGGAAUGGACGCUGUGGUACUAUUACAGAUUGUGUGAUGUUUCAAGAACUUGUAACCCACACUUUGCUGCCCGCAUGUAGUCAACGGGUUCACCUAGAACACCUUAUAGUUAGGAGCUUAGUAAAAACACUAGACUAAUUAAGGCAAACUUUACACUUGACCAUGAGUUUGUUGGACAUCCCAUUUCAACAAAGUAAGCAUUUCUCACAACACUUUAAGGUAUGCCUGUCUGUGGGAAUUUGUGCCCAUUCAGUCAAAAGAUGAGAGCAUUUGUAUGGCUGGGUGCUGAUGUUGGGGUUCCGCAGGGCAGUUGUAGCCUAGCGGUUAAGGUACAGGACUAAGACUAAAAAAGGUCGCUGGUUCAAGUCCCACCACUGCCAGGCUGCCAAUGUUGGGCCCUUGAGCAAGGCCCUUAACUCUCAAUUGCUUCGACGAUAUACUGUCACAGUGCUGUAAGUCGCUUUGGACAAAAUGCCAAAAAUGUACAUGUGUUCCGGUUCGUUCCAGAGCUGCUGAGGUCGGGGCUCUGUGCAGCUUUUCUUCAUGUCUUUAUAGAUCUUGCUUUGUGCACAGGGGCACAAUCAUGCUGAAGCAGGAAGGAUCCUUCCCUAAACUGAUGCUGCAAAAUUGGAAUGGUUUAAUUUCCUCUCUAUCAUUGAUUUACUACACCUGUUAGCAAUUGUUGUGGCUGAAACACAUAAAUUCAAUGAUUAUAAGCAUUGUCCCAAUACUUGUGUCCAUAUAGUGCAUCUAGUACACGUUGGUUUGAUCCAACAGCUCAUUGGUUAUCAGCUUAUUGACUGACUGGCUGUGUUUUGUACAGAAAAAAAACACUAAAAGCUUCUAAUUUCUGCAAGAAAGUCACUUUUUAUUGAAUGAUAUAAACCAUCUGCCAACACUUAAUAUUUUAGGUUAAGAACACACACAAUAGCAAACACCUAACAUGAGACUCAGAAUCCAUGCUGAACUCCUCCACUCGCAACCAGUAACCAUCAAGACAUCUUCUAACGAUGGGCUUCUCUCACACACACACACACACACUCACUCACACACACACACACUCACAUAAAUACUCAUGCAGUACUCGCACUCACACACACAUGGCUAAGACGUUCGGGUCGACAUCCCAAGAACAUGCUAACACACUUCCAGCUAUUUGCACAGACGAGGACGGACCAGUCUUUAAAACUCGACACGUGAAGAUGCAGAAUAUGUCUAAGCACUGAUGCAUUGUGGGACGCAGGCCCACGUUUUACACACAUUAUUCAUUCAACAUGCGUACACUCACAGUGAACGUAUUGUUCUGUACAGCAUACAUACAUUUACAUUAAAAAAAAAAACUAAUGACAACAAAUUAUAAAUAAAUAAAAGUAAAAACACAAUUUUAAAUAAAAAAGUUUCUUUUUCUGGCA